CCCGCUGAUUCGUCACAGAGGGAACAAGAGACAAGACAAAAAAUAAAAAGACAACUAGCGUCGCUGGCCGUCCCAUUCGGUAUUUUCCUUUGAUUUUUCCAUUUGCAUUUUGUUUCAGAGGUCCCAUUCAUUUUAAGAAAUUAAAAGGAAUCGGACGCGGUUGUAAACCCAAGGGGCGGAGCAGAGCUGAAUGGCAUCGAAUCGGGGUUGAGGAGGGACGGUGCGCAAGUGGCCUCUGGGACUCGCUGUUGAGCGCGGAGGAUCCCUGGGGGACGGAAAGCGUAGGAACAGCUGGGGGACUCGCUGAUCACCACAGUCUGGAGUGGGGCGAUGAGCCAAAGGUGCAAUCUAACCCUUAACGGAGCUCGAGUGGGUGCUACAGUGAGUAAUUACGCUUCCGGGACCGUCGUUACGCUAAGGGGCUGUGAGGAGGGACCCAGCGCUGAUUGGCUGAUCCUGGCACAAGGGCAGUGGAGGCUCUGAUACUGGACACAAUGGAUCCUGAACUCUCUGAGGUCCGACACACUAUACAAGAAGUUCUCCAUAUUCUUUCAUCUUCUAGGGAUGGGGUCCAAAUCUCUGAGGCCCUGAGGUCUGUGAAGCACUACUUGAAUGGAGUGCAGAGCACAGUCCUACCCAGAGAGAGGGAAGAAUUUUCUAAGACAUACUUUUCUACCUUCCUUCGAUGUCUUGUCAACAAAUUGAGCCCUGAUUGGCUAGAACUGCUACCUGCAGGCCAACUAGAGGAACUGUGGGAUAGCUUUUUUCUAGAAGGUCCAGCUGACCAAGCCUUUCUGGUGUUGAUGGAAUCCAUCAUUGUUACUGCUGGUCCGAGCUAUCGUCUGAUGAAAAUGGCCCAGGUGCUCACCAGGUUCCUGAAGAGGGGCAGACUGGCAGAACUGAUGUGGGAGAUGUGUCAGCCGCCGCAAGUGCCCCGGGGUUCCUGCCUUCUCCAGGAGACUUUGCUCAACAAAGUUGUAUGUCUGCCCGAUCACCUCAGUAACCAAAUGAAGGAGCAAAGCCCGUCCCUGUUCUUUCCCCAAAACUACUUUCCCCUGCUUGGGGAAGAGAUGAUCCAGGUGCUCCAGAGGAUCUCUGUCUCCCUCAGAGGAGGCUUGGAUUGUUCCAUCUCCUUUUUAUCUCAGAUACUAGCAAAAGUCUGCAUCCAUGGGAGACAAAAAGAGAUUCUGGGAGUGUUGGUGCCCCGUCUGACAGAGCUCACCCAGGCUGACUGCAUCUGGCAGAGGCUCAGUUGGCGUCUUGUGGAAAGUGUGCCAGAUCGGGGGAUGGAGCCUGUAGUGUCUGGACUUAUCCAAGAAGCUCCAGGGGCCAGAGUUCUGUCUCAGUUACUGGGGAACCUGGUGAUGAAGAACAAGAAAGCCCAGUUUGUGGUGACCCGGAAAUGCCUGUUGUUGCAGUACAGAUACCCAGUGAGAUUACGCAUGGAAGAGGGUGGCCUACAGACUGAAGUACUGCAAAACCUCCUCGGGUACCUGGCUUUGGACAGCCAUCGGCGCACCCUCCUCUUACAGGUGCUGAAGGACCUCUUAGAGACUUGGGGCAGCAGCAGUGCCGUCAAACACUGUCCAGUGGAGCAGCAGCUUUAUGUCAGCAAAGCCAUCCUGAUCUGCUUGUCCCACCUGAAGGAGUCGGAGAUAGAACACAUUAGGGAAGAGCUGCUGACCACCAUGAUGGGAGGUGUGCAGUGCCAUAUCGAGAGUAGUCUGCCCCAGGUCCGACAGCUGGGAAUGAUUGUAGCAGAGACCAUCAGUUCCCGGAUACACUCUGAGGGGCCCCACCUGAAAUUCCAGUAUGAAGAAAAUAAACUGACCAGAGAAUUGUUGUCCUUGGUGAAUUUGAAGCCUGUUGAGGCCAGCCCUCCAGCUUCUGGGGAUUCACAAAGGUCCCCUGUCAUGCCAGCACCUGUCGUACAACCAGCCAGUCUGAGCUCAGAGGGUAAAGCAUGCGAAGAAGAAGAAAAGGCCCAGGGGUCUGACUCAGAUCUAGACAGUGAUGACGAAUUUGUCCCAUAUGACAUGUCAAGGGACAAAGAGCUGAAGAACACCAAGGCUCCAAUGUACAUCCGGGAUUGCCUGGAAGCACUGACAACUUCUGAGGAUGUGGAACGCUGGGAGGCGACACUGCAGGUUCUAGAGAGCUUGAUCAGAAGGAACCCAGCCGCAACAAAAGAGGUGAGUACAGAAUUAGCCAAGGUACUGCUCCAUCUGGAGGAGAAGACCUGUAUGGAGGGGUUUGAGAAGUUACGUCAGCGAGCUCUUGUGGCUGUCAUUGUCACAGACCCAGUACAGGUUGCACAAUAUCUGACUUCCCAGUUCUAUGCCAUGAAUUACAGCCUCCGGCAGCGGAUGGACAUUCUCGAUGUGUUGGUUCUUGCAGCUCAGGAACUCUCAAGUCCCAAGAGUCUAGAGAAAGUCAUGAUCCCUGGUCCUCCUGAGCCAGGUAUCCAGCUCCUGCCGGCCCCACUGACCCCCAGUCUCAAUAAAGUUCCUUCUGAAGACUGGAGGAGAAUUGUGGAGGAAAGGAUCAAAACCAAGACUCGUCGGUUUGCCAAGGGGCCUUCCAGAGCCGACACAGCAAAUGGACCCAACAAGCUUAAUUCUGUGGUGGGUUAUUUCUUCUUCCCUCUCAUUGAACGUUUUGACAGGCCUCUGGUGACAUUUGACCUUUUGGGAGAGGAUUCUUUGGUCCUGGGAAGGCUAGUUCACACCGUGGGAAUCCUGAUGUAUUUUGCCAUUAAUACCACAGCAGCUGUACCAAUGGGGAAGGCGCUGUUGGAGUUUGUGUGGGCUCUUCGGUUUCAUACAGAUGCGUUUGUGCGUCAAGGCCUCCUGUAUGCCAUCUCCUCAAUACUCUGGAGUGUUCCUGCAGAGCGCCUUCUAGGGGAUCUGACAGAUGAGCUCCUAGAAACCAGGUCCUGGCUGGCAGCUGUAGCAGAGAAUGACCCAGAUGAAGACUGUAGGAAGCUGGCCAUGCAGGCACUCCUCCUUAUGGAAAAGCUAAAAGACAAACUCCAGAUAGAUUCUUCUUAGUCCAGAUGCCCUUAACCUGGCCCCACAGGUGGCCUGAUAGCAUUUUGGGGCCGUCACCUGGCUGGCAAAGAGGAAGGCAGGGGAGGCUUCACUGAGAGUCAGGGAGAAACAAGGGCCUGGCCUGACAUCUGGGCUUUGUAGUGGCAGCCAACUCUGUGAAAUAUUGAUAUCCGGUACUGAGUGUACAGAUGCAGGAAAACGCGGUAGAGUUGCUGUCUUCCUCCCCUCCCCCUGCAUGCUCAAUGUGCUAUUUUUAGCCUGGCAAGUUUGAGUCUUCAGCUAAAAAUACAGCAAGCCCUGGACAGCCACUGGCUCUGUACCCAAACAGCAGGAGCAGAGAACUGGUUGCUCAUGGUGUGGAAGGAGUCACUUGCAUGCCUUAAGAAGCUAGGUCCAAGAAGGAAGGGUUUUAGCAAGAGACUUAAAACCUCCUGUGAAAUUUCUUCACAUUAAACCCCCACCACAAAGCUCCAGGCUUUUUUGUUCUAAGGGCAUGGGAGGGAAAGGAAUGGAAAAGAGGAUGAGUCAUUUCUAAUGCGAGAUUAGUUCUCUCUGAUGAAAGAAACCUCCCCAGGACUGGAUCUGAAGAUUGUGUGGAGGCCCCCAGUGUAGACUGGGACUUCCUACCCUGAAGCUGCUUUUCUUCUCCCAUCUUCUCCUUCCCAAAGGCACAGCUGUGGGACAGAAUGAAGGUUCUCCUCUUUACUUGCUCACCUCCCACCCAGUGGGGGUCUUGAAAGGGCUGGGCGUAUCUAAUGAAGGCGCAGGCCCUGUGUCUGUGUCUCUGUGGGGCACAGCCCAGGUUGGUUUCCCCAAUGGGCCAUGCGGCAAGCUCUGCUCAGACUGGAUUUGUUGAGGUGAUCAACUUGCUAGGCUAAUUUCCUGUCAUUUUCAUUCCAUCGCACAUUCACCAGUUUACAGCUAUAGCACUCUUCAAGUGUGCUGUAAAGGAGAAGACAUACGCUUUGUGAUGACCCUGAGAAAAGAGAAAGGGCCAAGGGCCUCUACGGCCAGAGCUAGAAUGGCCGGGGGAGGGGGGGUUCUCAAUGGAGUCCUGGGACUCAGCACCCUAAAAGAGAAACGUGGAGCUAAACCUGCCUAUUAAAGAAGCUAAGCAGAGGCUGGCAAAGGUUCCCUAGACACAGCUGGAUUCAAUUAUGAGAUGUCUUUGCACCGUAAGAUUCCAGGGAAUGGAUUCAGAGCUAAGGCAACACCAAUUUGGGAAGCAGCAUGAAGAGCCAGCCACCCUUCCUGCUGGAGCACAGAGCCCCAGAUCCAUCGUCCCUCCCAAUACAAGGAGAUCCCACCGGACUCUGCCAGCUUCAGCUCUGCCUUGUCUUUCUGUUGCUGUAAUAGAAAACUGGCCUAGAAGUCAGGGUUCAAGUCCUUGGACACAUACUGGCUGUGGGAUCUCGGGCAUGUAAUCUCACCUCUAGGGAUCUAGUUGUCUCACUCACCAGCAGAGGGCCCAGUGCAGCCAGAACCAAAUGAAAAUGUAACUGGGAAAUGUCUCACAAAAUAAAAAUAUGAUGCAACACCAUGUUAA